ACUUCAAACCACUUCAAGAAUAUUCAGGUUUCUUCAAGUCUAUAUAACCAAAUAAUUCAAGCCCGCCGCUUCAACCGCCGUCUAUGGCGACGACACCGCCAUUCUUACACUCAAUCAACCCCAACCCUUUAACUCAAGCCUCCUCUCGCCUCCCAGACGACACCGUGUUCUACUCCAUCUACCCAGACAAUUCCUUUUCCCAAGACUCCCUUCAAUCCCUUCACCUCCAAAUCCUCAAUUCCGUUUCCCCUUUCGUUUCCUCUUACAUUUGGCAGCACGAACCCUUCACUCUCUCCAUUUCCUUCCACCCAUUUCCUCAUCUGCAAGGCCGCCUCCGUUUCGGCGACAAUCUAAACGACGAAUGGUUCACCGUUUUCCUCCUCUUCCAAAUCUCUCUCUCUUUCCCUUCCCUUUCCAUCCAAGUCCACGAUUCCGAUGGCGAGUUCCUCCUGAUUGAAGCCGCUUACCAUCUCCCUCGUUGGCUAAACCCCGAAAACUCUAAAAACCGCACGUUUAUCCGACGCGGGAAACUCCAUAUCAUCCCCAAAAGCUCCCUCGCCAACCCAACCGUAAUCGAAUCCCUAAAAUUCCUAACAGAAAUCGGACAAGCCGCUGUCGCGCCGGAUUCGAUUCAAUCCGUCAUACAAAGCCGGAUCGCAGGGUAUCCAGAGAAAGCGAAACUGAACACUCAUACAGUGAGGGUUCGGGUUCCGGUGACGGUAGCGCAGGUGUUGAAACACAGGCCGUCGUUGAUUUCUUUAGCCGUGGAAGGGUUUUACGACCGCGAUCUGGAUUCGAUGAAACACGCGGCGAAGAUGGAACAGUUUUUGAAGGGAGGGAAAGACGUGGAGAUGGUUUCAGUGGCGGUUAAGAUGUCGAGGGCGAUGUACGCGCAGCUGAUGCAGCAGAGGUUUCAGGCGCCGAAGUGUUAUCCGAUGCCGCCGAAAAAGGGUGAUUUGGAGGCGGAGCUGGGGAUGAAGAUAGCGUGUGGGUUUGAGAUGAUGUAUCAGGAAAAGAAGAAAGAAGGGGAAGAAGGGAAAGGGAGUGACUGGAAAAUGUACAAAGAGAGUUUGGAGAAGAGUGGGUAUUUCAAAGGGUUGAUUCCUGGGUCUAAAGAGUAUAAUAGGUUGAUGGAGAAAGCUGAAGAAUAUUAUAGGAACAGUUCUUUGUUUCCCAAUACCGGUGAAAUGCUGAAUGCUCCUGUGAGACAAAUAGAUGAGAUUCUUUCUUUACCAUAUUCAGCGGAUGAUUUUAAGAAUAAGGAUAUUCCACAUUCCGAUGAUGAUUCCUGGCUUUACAGUGGAGAGGAGGAGUUGAACUCUGUUCUCCUGGAUAGGCAAAAGGAGAUGGAACUUUAUGAGCUUAAACACAAAAAGAAGUCAAAAGAGCAGCAGGGUACUGAUGCAUCAUCCAGCUCAAAAGGUGAAGAUUUUGAUCUUAGUGAGCUUGUGAAAACUAUGCAGGGCUUUAUCCAUAAGGUGUCAAGCUAUGAGGGAGCUGAGGUUCCUGUAGACAGGGAUCCUAAAGAAGUGGAACUUGAUGUAGAGAGCUUUAUGAAGGACGUGGAAUCGGUAAUAAAAUACCAAGGUGAUGAAAAUUUGACUGGUGAUGUGGAUGAGGAAGGAACUUCAGACAUGGACUUUGAUGAAUCUGAGGAUGGAAGUGACAUGUCUGAUCGUGAGGACGGAGAGGAUUCCUUCAUGCAUUCUUAUUCUGAUGUUAUGAAUGAUGAACUGAAGAGUACUACCCUCAAGAAAAGCUUCGUUCAUGCAAAUGAGCAGACCUCCAAUAAGAAUGAGGGAACAUCCAAUGCAACAGAAGAUAUGGAGGAAGAGUUUAGUCCUGUGGAUGUGGAUGUCAACCUUGUUAAAAAUCUGCUAGACUCAUUUUCUUGUCAACAAGGACUUCCUGGUCCAACUUCCAAUUUGCUUGGGCUGAUGGGCGUAAAGCUUCCUAAGGAUGACAGUAAGGGAAAAUGAGAUUGUACCCGGAAAUAUUAGAUAUCCAUUGUAUUUAUGUGUAGUUGCCGCUUAACCUAAAAUGCAGCAAGUAGCUAUGAAAAUUUUAUAUCUAGAAUCCACCGCAAUUUUCAACCUGUGC